AUGGAUUUGAAAGUUGGUGGAAAAUGUUUGGCGUUCCACGGACCGUUGCUCUACGAGGCCAAAGUGUUGAAGAUUUGGGAUGCUAACUCGCGGACGGUUAUUCAAAAUGAGGAAGGACGGCAGGACGAGAUUGAGGAGGAGGAAAACUUGCCCAGCGAGCAAUUGAAGGCUCAGGAUUGCUAUUUUAUUCACUAUCAAGGGUGGAAAUCCACGUGGGACGAGUGGAUUGGACUGGAUCGGAUCAAAGAGUAUAACGCUGCCAACAACCAAAUACGGAAAGAUUUGGUGCAAGCAGCAAAAGAGGCGAAGAAGCAAGAUCAGAAGAAGAAAAAAGCUGCUGCUGCAACAGGGACAGCUGCUGGUAAUAAUCUGACUGGGGCCAAUGGGUCUGGGAGAAGAAAGCGGGGUGAUACCCCACCCACGCAACCUUCGCAAUCUUCAGGUCCACAGUCUCAAAGUCAAAGUAAUUAUCAUCAAUCUGUGAAACAAGAACCCAAAUCUAACGGUACUGGAGGGGGUCAAACACAUACCAAUAUGACGCAGUUUGAUAUAGUCCAGCCCAAGAUUACGCUCCAUAUUCCUAACAAACUAAAAUGUAAGCUGGUCGAUGACUGGGAAUAUAUCACAAAGAAUAAACAGAUCCUGAGUAUACCGAGUAACAUAAGCAUUAAUAAAGUCCUAAAAGAUUAUGCGCAGGAUCUACUAGAAGAGUCUGAUAUCAGCUUGGUGGAGAGUGCCCAAUCUGAGGAAUUUAUUGCGGGGAUAAGACAAUAUUUCCAAGCCAGUCUACCUCGCUUCUUACUUUACCGAUUGGAACGAUUACAAUAUGAGGAGAUGCUUGCCAAAACGCCUCCAAAGUUAAACCGCGACGAUCUAUGUGAAGUGUACGGACCCAUCCAUUUACUACGAUUAAUGAGCGUUCUGCCGGAGUUAGUCGCAUCCACAACGAUGGACCAGCAGAGCUGUCAAUUGAUAAUCUCUCAAUGUGAGAACUUACUCCUGUGGAUGACAAUGCAUAUAAAUGAACUAUUCUGUCAGAGUAACUACGUGAACACGUCAAGUCAGUACGAAGGUGUUGCUCUGGGAUUAUGA